AUGCGUCGGACGCUGUCUUCACUUGCGGGAAUCAGCGGGAUGGCGGUGUACACCCCACCGUGCCGCGUGGCGCUGCAGGACUGGUGUGCGUGGACCGGCAACGACUGGAAGAAAGUGUCAAGUGUGGUGGGCGAGUCUUUCCGCAUCACGACGCACAACGAGAAUGCGUACACGAUGGCCGCUUCUGCGGUGCUGCGGCUUGUGCUGAACUACGAGAUUGACCCCGCGCGUGUUGGUUUUCUCGGACUCGGCACGGAGAGCAGCACGGACAACUCCGCCGGCUCCAUCAUUGUGCGGGGAAUGGUCGACAAGGCGCUGCGGGAACUCGGCCUGCCGCGGCUCUCGCGCCACUGCGAGGUGCCGGAGUUCAAACACGCCUGCCUCGGCGGGGUGUACGCCCUCAAGAGUGCCCUCCGCUACGCCGAGCUCGACGGCGGCGACGAGAGAGUCGCGAUUGUCGUCGCCUCCGACGUGGCCGAAUACGCCCUCGGCUCCACCGGUGAACAGACACAAGGCGCCGGCUCCGUCGCGAUGCUCGUCGAGAAGACACCGCGUCUGGUGGAACUGAAUACAAAGUGUUCCGGAUCCGCCUCAGACUAUCGGGGACCAGACUUUCGAAAACCAUUCAAACGUCACUUUAUUAAGGAGUAUGGAAGUACCACAGAACAUGGUAAGAUUCCUGAUUUUCCAGUUUUUUCUGGCCCCUACAGUACUAUGGUAUAUCUGGAUGAAGUAACUAUGGCUGUGGAAAAUAUGUUGGCUAAACUUAAACAAAAUCCUGGUGAGUAUUAUAACUCUGUUUCCGCACUCUUCUUUCAUCGACCAUAUAAUAUGAUGCCAAUUCAGGCCAUGUCUUUCCUUUAUGCCCGUGGUCUUGCUCGUGCCACUUCAGAAGCCCAUAAAAAGUAUUUUGAGGAACUUUGCACAACAGCAAAGGUUGAUCCUACAGUUGUUCAAAAAGAACUUGAUGUGAUUCCUGAUUAUUUUGGUAUGAUUGAAUCAGGUAGUGAACCUAAAGAUGUGUUUGCUGCCACUAACAAAGUUGCCAAAGCUGUUCGUGCUGAUAAAGAUUUCAUUACACUCCUUCGCACAAAAAUGAGCCUUGGUAGUCCAGCAAUGGCAAACUUUGGUAAUUUAUACACGGCAUCACUUCCCUGCUGGAUUGCCGCCGGAUUUGAGGAGGCGUAUAAUAAGAAAAUUGAUCUCACGGGACAUCCAAUGGUAAUGGUUGGCUACGGUUCUGGUGACGCAAGCGAGGCGAUCCCAAUGGUUCCAGUAAGUGGAUGGGAGAAGGCCGCGUCUAAAGUAAAUGUCGCCGCAGCACUGGAAGACCCCGUGAAUCUAACCCAGGAACAGUACGAGGGACUACACAAGGGAUCACUAAAGGAUGACCUCGCUGCUGACAAACGACACAAGGAAUUUAUCGUGGGUCAUGUCGGAAGCCGUAAUGAGGCUGCAUUUCAAGAUAUCGGUAUUGAGUAUUAUCAGUUCGUGAAGUAA